AUGGCGAGUAACAGUGUGCCAACAAAAGUCGGCAUUUUGUCGUUGGGUGAUAUGGGCGCUGGCAUCGCCAGGCUCUUAAUUGCGCAUGGCUUCCCCGUCUCUACGAACGGUCAAGGACGAAGUGAAGACACACUUGAGAGAGCCCGCAAUGCCGGUGUCGAGCUUCUCUCGUCUGAUUUAGAGCUCGUCCAGCAGUGUAAUGUCAUCUUCUCAGUCGUCCCACCUCGCGAUGCCGAGGCCACGGCUCAGCGAAUUGUUGAUGCCUCGUCGGGUGGUUCGAGGAAAGAGACGCUUUACUAUGUCGAUCUGAAUGCCGUUGCCCCAUCAACGUGUAAGAGCAUCGUGGCGCUCUUUGAAAAAGCGAGGGUGCCUGUCAAGUUCAUCGACGCCUGCAUCCUGGGCGGACCCCCAAGUCUCAAGAGGCCCAGCCAAGAGGGCGAAGAAUCUGUGUGGGAUCAGCCGAGUAUUCCCAUUUCGGGGCCUCAUUCGUUGGCGUCGUUGCCGGACGGUGAGAAGCUCGCGUCUGUGCUGCAGCUGCGAUCCAUUUCGGAGGAGAUUGGUGCGGCGAGCGGUCUCAAGAUGUGUUUUGCGUCCAUCACAAAGGGAUUCACAGCGUUGGUGACGCAGUCUUUUACGACAGCGCAUCGGCUUGGUGUGGUGGAUGAGUUAAAGUUGGAGCUCAACCAGAUGGUGCCUGCGAUGCUAACCAGAGCGGAAAAGGGCGUGCCGGGGAUGCCGCCAAAGGCCUAUCGAUGGGUGAGGGAGAUGGAGGAGAUUUCCAAGACCUUCCAUGAGGAGGGCGGUUGGGAUAGGACGGUGUUUGAGGGCAUUGCUGGGGUUUACAAGGCGGUUGCCGAAGAUGGGGUUCUUGGGCAGGAGAAGAUUGGGAAGAGGAAGAGAGGGACUAGCUUGGAUGAUGUUGCAACGGUGAUGGCGGAGGGACUGGAGAUGAAGAAGAAGAAGACAGAGUAG